AUGUCUCCUGACAGACUUGAACAUCUUUUGUCAUUAAUUGGAUCUUCAUUAACGAAAAAGUAUUGUCCCAGUAGAGAUUCUAUAUGUCCGUCGCAAAGAUUAAUUAUAACAAUUCGAUACCUUGCUACAGGAGAAUCACAACAAACUCAGUCAUUUUAUUUUCGAGUUGGCAGAGCUACAGUUUGCCAUAUAAUUGAAGAAACUUGUUGUGCAAUAUGGGAAGUUCUCAAGACAGUCUUUCUACGAGCCCCAAAUGACGUAAAAGAUUGGCAAAAUAUUAUUAAAGAGUUUGAUCAAAAUUGGAACUUUCAACAAUGUAUAGGAGCUAUAGAUGGAAAGCAUGUACGCAUUGAAGCACCUGCAAAAUCUGGAUCUUUUUUUUUUAUAACUACAAAGGGUUUUACAGCAUGGUUUUAUUAG